GUGCGGCUCCGUCUGCUGGCCGGCUGGGCGGCGCGGCGCCCGGGGCACGGCAAAUGGGUGCCGAGGCCUCCGGGAGCGGGUUGGCUCUGCGGGAGCUGAUGCGCGAGGCAGAGAUCAGCCUGCUCGAGUGCAAAGUGUGCUUUGAGCGGUUUGGCCACCGCCAGCAGCGGCGCCCGCGCAACCUGCCCUGCGGCCACGUGGUCUGCCUGGCCUGCGUGGCUGCUCUGGCGCAUCCGCGGACGCUGGCCCUCGAGUGCCCCUUCUGCCGGCGAGCCUGCCGGGGCUGCGACACCAGCGACUGCCUGCCCGUGCUGCACCUCCUGGAGCUCCUGGGCUCCGCGCUUCGGGCGCCCGCGGCCUCCCGCGGCGCCCCCUCCUCCCCAGGGACCCUCACCUGCCACUACGCCUUCGGCGGCUGGGGGACCUUGGUCAACCCCACAGGACUGGCGCUGUGUCCCAAGACAGGACGGGUCGUGGUGGUGCACGACGGCAAGAGGCGGGUCAAGAUCUUUGACUCCGCGGGAGGAUGUGUCCAUCAAUUUGGAGAGAAGGGGGACGCUGCUCAGGACAUUAGGUACCCACUUGACGUCACUGUCACCAACGACUGCCAUGUGGUUAUCACCGACGCCGGCGACCGCUCCAUCAAAGUGUUUGACUUUUUUGGCCAGAUCAAGCUUGUUAUUGGAGGCCAGUUCUCCUUGCCUUGGGGUGUGGAGACCACCCCUCAGAAUGGGGUCUUGGUAACUGACGCAGAGGCAGGGGCCCUGCACCUCCUGGAAAUCGACUUUCCGGAAGGAGUCCUUCGGAAAACUGAACGGUUGCAAGCUCACCUGCACCAACCCAGGGGGGUGGCCGUGUCCUGGCUCACGGGGGCCAUCGCGGUCCUAGAGCACCCCCGGGCUCGGGGAACCGGAACCUGCAGCACCACGGUGAAGGUGUUCAGUGCAAGUAUGCAGCUCAUCGGCCAAGUGGAUGCCUUUGGGCUGAGCCUCUUUUUCUCCUCCGAAAUAACUGCCUCGGCUGUGACCUUUGAUCACCAGGGAAAUGUGAUUGUUGCUGAUACUUCUAGUCAGGCUGUCCUAUGCUUAGGAAAACCCGAGGAGUUUCCAGUCCUGAAGCCCAUCAUCACCCAGGGCCUUUCCCAUCCUGUGGCACUGACCUUCACCAAGGAAAAUUCUCUUCUUGUGCUGGACAGUGCAGCGCAUUCUAUAAAAAUCUAUAAGGUUGACUGGGGGUGAUGGGGAGUGGUGGGGGCCCCAGGGCCUGGCAUCAGAAGCCCUAGAGCUACAACUUUUGGUUGCUUAACCCUGGAUAAGUUACUUAAUCUGUCCAACAGAGAUAAUUACAAUUUCUGGUAGCCUUACAGAGGUUAAGGCAAUUAUUAAAGAAUGUUAAUUAAA